AAUAAUAUUCGAGUACUCGUACAUAAAUUCAAACUCUGUCCUCGGUAUCUACAUGUAUUCCGGUAGAAUAUUCUCAUAGUCAAGGUCUUAAUCUCUUCAUGUUUCCCGUCGCCAGCAUUCCGUGAAAUAGCAAAAGUUUCUCGAGAGGUUUCGACAAUCGAAAGAAGAUCGUGUCCGCAGCAGCAGAAAUGCGAUCGGUGCGCUUGGUCCGGAGCGGCACCAGCUCCUCGACUCAGCAUUGGCUCGGUGUAAUGUGUAACAGCAUCGAGCGUGUAACGACCGGGACACAGUUUGUGCCCCCUUCCACCUGGACGGAGCCACGAUUCCUUGUUGUGUACCCGCGGACACGCAUACGCACGCACGUGCAGGGGGUACCAGACUUACGUAGACGUUGAACACACACGUGGAAGCCAAUUGGAGAGACUUGGCCAAGUCUUUAUAAGUAGGAGCCAUCCGCGUCCUCAGGACUUACUCCCUCUCGAGAACGUGGCGCGAUCGGCAACCGAUUUCCAGAAUAGUUCCUGAAAACACCUCGGCUCGCGUCACUUGCGAGGAUCUUGCGGCUCGCGGAGGAUCGUGGAUCGCCUUGGUGCUUGGAAUUCGGAUCUAAUCGCGACAUGAGGAUCUAUUCGAACUGAAGAUUUUCCAGUUCUUCGAUUCAAACUCUACGUGCAGACGAGCUAGACGCGAAACAUGUGGAUAGACCUGCGAACACUUGGCUUACUGGUAACACUGAUUUCGACAACGUUCACGGACGCUGGUCACCUCGACUAUUAUGGAAAUCAACAUAGUCAACGGCAAAAUGAUUUCGUGUGCACGGAGGAAGGAUUUCAUCCCGAUCCUCGUGACUGUAGAGCGUAUUACAGAUGCGUCGAUUGGGGCAACGGGAGUCCAUUAACGACGUUUAAAUUUGAGUGCGGCUACAAUACGGUGUUCUCAAAGGACAGCGGCAACGUCUGUACUCACCCGAAUGACAGCGGACGACCAGAGUGCGGGGGAUACGAUAACGAAAUCGAUUCGAAUCUCCCCGACUCGCCGCAGACAUCCUCCACACAAUGGACAACGGAGGCAGUCGUUACCACCGCGCAUUCAACGGCGCCGCCCACGACUACGACUCGGAUUACAACCACAACCGGACGACCUGAGAAUUCGGAGGAUGCUGUUGGACAGGAUACAGUUCAGUGCACCCGCGAAGGAUUCCUCUCCGAUCCGAAUGACUGCAGGAAGUUCUACAGAUGCGUCGACGAGGGAUCCGGGAAAUUUAUAAAGUACGAGUUUACGUGCGGAACUGGAACGGUCUGGGAUCCAGAAAUUCAAGGGUGCAAUCAUGCUUGGGCGGUAACCCGAGAAGAUUGCAGGGAAGGCUUAGAGCCGGGCGCCGGCGGUGUCGAUAACAGUGGACAAUGGAACGGAGAUAACGGUGGACAAUGGAAUGGAGAUACAGGAGAUAACGGCGGACAAUGGGAUGGUGAUACGGGUGAUAACGGCGGACAAUGGAACGGUGGUACAGGCAGCUCUGGUCAACCUGGAGAUCCUAAUGGUCAGCCUGGACAACCUGGUGAUCCUAAUGGCCAGCCAGGACAACCUGGUGAUCCUAAUGGACAAUCUGGUAGACCUGGAACACCUGGAACACCUGGCACGCCUGGAACACCUGGCACACCAGGCACGCCUGGAACACCUGGAAGUCCAGGUAGCUCAGGUACAUCUGGCACGCCUGCCACUUCUGGAACACCUGGUACUCCUGGAACACCUGGAACACCUGGAACACCUGGAACUCCGGGCACACCCGGUACAACAGGCACACCCGGUACUCCUGGUACGCCUGGUACACCCGGUACUCCUGGCACACCCGGUACUCCUGGCACACCCGGUACUUCGGGAACUCCUGGCACAUCUGGCACUUCUGGCACGCCUGGCACCCCAGGAACUUCCGGCACACCCGGUACUUCUGGAACUCCUGGUACUCCUGGCACACCUGGCAGCCCGGGAAUACCCGGAACAUCAGGAACUCCUGGCACUCCUGGCACACCCGGUACUCCUAGUACGCCUGGUACUUCUGGAACUCCCGGCACUCCUGGCACACCCGGUACUCCUGGUACGCCUGGUACUUCUGGAACUCCCGGCACUCCUGGCACACCAGGGACCCCAGGAACACCCGGAACAUCAGGAACUCCUGGUACUUCUGGUACUCCUGGUACACCUGGCACACCGGGUACUUCUGGCACACCUGGUACUUCUGGUACGCCAGGUACGCCUGGUACUCCUGGAACUCCCGGCACUCCUGGCACACCAGGCACUCCAGCAACACCCGGUACACCUGGAACAUCAGGAACUCCUGGAUCUCCUGGUACUCCUGGUACACCUGGAACAUCAGGAACUCCUGGAUCUCCUGGUACUCCUGGUACACCUGGAACAUCAGGAACUCCUGGAUCUCCUGGAUCUCCUGGUACUCCUGGUACACCUGGUACACCUGGUACACCUGGUACUCCUGGUACACCCGGCACUCCUAGCACACCCGGUACUCCUGGUACGCCAGGUACUCCUGGCACUCCUGGCACUCCUGGUACUCCAGGUACGCCUGGUACUUCUGGAACUCCCGGCACUCCUGGCACACCAGGCACCCCAGCAACACCCGGUACACCUGGAACAUCAGGAACUUCUGGUACACCCGGUACACCUGGCACAUCCGGUACUCCUGGUACACCCGGUACUCCUGGUACACCCGGUACUCCUGGUACACCCGGUACUCCUAGCACACCCGGUACUCCUGGUACGCCAGGUACACCCGGUACAUCAGGAACUCCUGGGACACCGGGCUCCCCAGGCACCCCAGCAACACCCGGUACACCUGGAACAUCAGGAACUUCUGGAUCUUCUGGUACUCCUGGUACACCUGGCACACCCGGUACUCCUGGUACACCCGGUACUCCUGGUACGCCAGGUACUCCUGGCACUCCUGGUACAGCCGGUACUCCAGGUACGCCUGGUACGUCUGGAACUCCCGGCACUCCUGGCACACCAGGCACCCCAGGAACUCCCGGUACACCCGGUACAUCAGGAACUCCUGGGACACCGGGCUCUCCAGGCACUUCUGGAACUCCAGGCAGUCCUGGAACCCCAGGUUCUCCUGGAUCUCCAGGAACCCCUGGUUCUUCAGGAACUCCUGGGAGUCCUGGAACCCCUGGUUCUCCAGGAACAUCCGGGAGUCCUGGAACCCCUGGUUCUCCAGGAACAUCCGGGAGUCCUGGAACCCCUGGUUCUCCAGGAACUCCAGGGAGUCCUGGAACCCCUGGAUCUUCUGGAACCUCUGGCUCUCCUGGAUCUCCAGGAACCCCUGGUUCCCCAGGAUCUCCUGGAACGCCUGGUUCUCUGGGAAGUCCAGGCAGUCCUGGAACCCCUGGGUCUCCUGGAUCUUCUGGAACCUCUGGCUCUCCUGGAUCUGCAGGAACCCCUGGUUCUCCAGGAACACCUGGGUCCCCUGGUUCUCCAGGAACACCUGGGACUCCUGGUACUCCUGGUACUCCUGGUAUUCCUGGCACGCCUGACUCCACCGAAAGUCCUGACAGUCCUAGCAUUCCCAGUAGUCCUGGCACGCCUGGUACUCCAGGUACUCCUGGAACGCCUGGCUCUCCUGGCACAUCUGGUACUUCAGGUACUCCUGGCACGCCUAAUACCCCAGGCACUCCUGGCACACCCAGUAGACCUAGCACUCCUCCAGCACCCGCCGACUCGACUCCAGGAACUUGUUCAGAGGAAGGAUUCUUCCCUGAUCCUAGAAAUUGCCGUAAAUUUUAUCGUUGCGUUGGCAGCGAUUCCAAAUUUAUCAAAUACGAAUUCGAAUGCGGUGCCGGAACCGCUUGGGAUUCAACCAUUCAAAGUUGUAAUCAUGAAUCGGAAGUGCCGAGUUGUAGGGGUGAAACUAGCACUUCAUCGUCGUCAUCAGCACCGUCUUCGAGUAGCCCUGCACCUUCGACAUCAACUGAUCGUCCAUCGACUGACGCAUCUACAACCAGUUCAACAACUGUCACAUCAUCAAGUUCCCCAGCACAAUCCUCAACAACUGAUAGUCCGUCAACUGUUACAUCUAGUACAACUACCACAACAAAUCGUCCAUCAAGUAGUCCAACAACGAUCGGUUCGACAAACCCAAUCACAUCUAACUACCCUUCUGCGGAUCAAUCCAGCACAACUAGUCCUCAACCUACAUCGUCUGAUGUUACAGAACCCUCUAAUACUGUUCCGUCUACUAAUACUCCUGCAUCAAACGAACAAACAAGACCGUCUCCUGGAACAACGCAAUGCACGCAAGAAGGAUUCUUCCCUGAUCCUGAAAACUGCCACAAAUUUUAUCGCUGCGUUGGCGGCAACUCAUCCUUUAUCAAAUACGAAUUCGAGUGCGGUGCUGGAACUGCUUGGGAUUCGACUGUCGAAAGCUGCAAUCAUGAAUCUGCAGUGCCAAAUUGUAGGAACAGUAGUCAGGAUCCACCUAGUACUGAAAUCGACGGCACUACCAGUCAACCAGCGACACCUCAAACCGAAACGAGCGCACCUUCAUCGGCACCAUCGUCGAGUAGUUCUGCACCUUCCACGUCAACUAGUCGUCCACAAACUACAUCUACAACCAGUUCAACAACUGUCACACCAUUAACUUCCCCAGCGCAAUCCUCGUCAACUAGUCGUCCAUCGACUAGCACAUCGCCAACCAGUCCAGUAACUACUGCACCCUCCGACAGUUCCACGGCAAUCACAUCACCUCCUUCAUCCACGGUUCAACAGACUACAGACAGUUCACAACCUACAUCUUCGGAUGUUUCAGAAUCAAUCUCCGAUUCGCCUACCACAAGUAGCCCUGCUACCAGCCCACAAACGACCACCCAAAGUAAUUCGCCUCCUGCCACGUCGCAAUGUCCAGGAGAGGGUUUCCAUCCGAAUCCAAGCGACUGCACGAAGUUCUAUCGUUGCGUGCGCGGUGAAAAUGGUCUCCAAAGAUACGACUUCGCAUGCGGAGCCGGUACAGGUUGGGAUCAGACUCUUCAGACCUGCAAUUAUAUAAGCCAGGUGCCUUCCUGCUCGAUGGAAAGCAACGAAAUCGAUCACGGACCCAGCUCGAGCACAUCUUCCUCUGAUUCAACAUCGCCGAUCACCAGCUCUCGUCCAGACGCUGCAACUAACACCGCAUCAGAUACUACGCAAUCGACAGAGAGUUCAGGAACUUCGUCGACAACGGGUCCAGCUUCGAGUAGUUCGGGAAGACCAGCAGAAAUACAAGAACCUGAAUCCUCGAGUACAGAAAGUUCAUCUCCUGCGCCUACGACCUCUGAAUCGAGCGGUUCUUCGUCACCUUCCUCCACCGAGUCCAGUGUUCCUGACUGCACCACGAAGGCACCCAAUAACACGAUAGUAUGCGAUAACGAGGGUUUCUAUCCGCAUCCAACUCAGUGCGACAAAUUCUAUCGUUGCGUCGAUAAUGGAAACGGGUUCAACGUGUACCACUUCGAUUGCCCACCUGGAACCAUAUUCGACCCCAGUAUCAGCGUGUGCAACUACCCUGAGUCAGUUUACCCUGCCAGAGACUGCGCGAUGCCUACAUCUACACCUGCCAGCACUAGCCAGGAUUCUGGGGAGUCCACGACUGAACAAAUCUCCACUACCACCGGAAGCAGCGCGGAGUCCACCACAGAGUCUAGAGACACCGAACCUACGUCUACUGCAACUUCGACUACGGACUCCACAUCCGAAGCUACCACAGAGCCAGUAUCCGAAACAAUUACCGAAUCAGUCGCGACCACGGAGUCCACUACUGAAGCGACUACAGAGGUCACGUCCGAGGGGACUACAGAGUCUACGACCGAAGCGACUACCGAGUCUACCUCUGAAGCGACUACCGAAUCUACGACUGAAGCAACUACCGAGUCUACGUCCGAGGCGACUACGGAAUCCACGACUGAAGCAACAACCGAAUCAACGUCUGAAGCAACUACCGAGUCUACGUCCGAGGCGACUACGGAAUCCACGACUGAAGCGACGACAGAAACUACAUCUGAAGCGUCUACAGAGACCACGUCUGAAGCCACGACCGAAGGAACCACGGAGUCCAGUACCGAGCAAACUACGGAAUCCACUGAGACGACCUCCUCCACGAGUACUACCGAAGCAGCGGCAACGACAGAAGAAACAUCAACAGCCAGUGCAGAGACAUCGACUCCGUGUCCAAUCGGAAACUUGACCGACGAGCAACUAGUCUUGGUCUGCCCCACUGGCUUCAGAAGGCAUCCAAAGUAUUGCAACCUGUUCUAUCAAUGCACCAACGAGGGUAACAUGGAGAUCAAGGUACUCGUGCUGAGUUGUCCAGAGGGUACGAUCUUCGACGAACAGAAGAUACAAUGUUUGCCUGAGAACGAGAGCAGUCAGGCUUGCAUGGGUACCAGAGCCGUUGGAAGGUUUUAUAGAAGAUUGGAGGAGAGUCCUGUAGCUCCUGUGAAAGUGACGACUGAGAAGCUCUGUCCAGGAGAGGGACACUAUCCUUACAGGCAAGGUUGCAGCAAUGGGUUCUAUAAAUGCAAACGCGACUCGAGGAACAGCCUUCAAGGGUAUUUGUACAAGUGUCCGCAGAACUUCUUAUACUGGUCAGUUUCGAGGAGGUGCGAGCGCGCGACGCGUCUGCCAAUGUGCACGCAUCUGGCAUACAGAACCAAUAAUUUUUGGGACAAUCGAUGGCAGAUACCGGUCGAAGACUACAAUCUGUCCGCCAGGAGUCUCCGCCUCUUCUGAUCGAUAAAUCGUACUCAUUUCGAAUACGCUAAGAAUUCUUCCAAAAGUUUGAAAGGACAGUGCAGCUCUCAGGUCAAUUUCCGAUGCUUGUCUUAUUAUUCUCGGAAACGGUAAGGGUGGAAGCGAGAGAAGCAAAGACAGUAGCUAUCUUCUUUGGUAAUUCAAUUUCACGUGACUUGGGGCUAUUGUACUUGAUUUACUUAAUUACCGGGUUAUUUAAAUACUGUCUACACCUUAGAAGAGGAUUUUCUACAUUGCUAUGAAUUAAUCUGAUAUUAAUUUCUACAUACUAGGUUUACCGUAAGGCCUUAUCUAUUUCCUCAAAUUGAACAUUUUAAGUAGACAAUUAAUAGGUCACAGUUAAUAGAUCCUCGAAGAUAAAUACUGGAAUUGAAAAACCUACGAAUAGACUCCUGGUGGAUAAAGUGUUAACACAUUCAUAACCAUUGACAUGAAUUCACGUAAUUUUGAAUUCUAUUCCUGGUUGCCGCUAAUGUUAACUUUGCAAGUUCUGUUAGCUGCAGUGAUACGUGUUACCAUGGCAUACUACAAAAUUACUAAUAAAAGAAAAGGAAUAAGAGAGUGAAAGAUAAUUGCAAUAAUUUCGUUAUUGUUUUACUUGAAUGGCAAAAAUUAAUAUAAAAGAUAUAAUAGUUAUAUUUUGAUAUUUCAGUAGUUCCACAUUUGAACUUUCAAAUGAUUGUAAAAUUUACAAAAUUACUGAUUUGAUAUACUCACCUUGAAGGUAGAAGUUUAUGGCAACCAGAGUUUCGGAAUUUCUUUAUUUUCGCUGAUCGUGAAUGUGUCAAUUGUUAGUUGGUAAACAAAUCUAUCCGCAACAUGGCUGCCAAAAAUCCCGCGAAAAGAAGACACGUACGGAUCUUCGGCAGCUAUCUUGUCGUGCUUCACGAUCGAUCGAAAUGGCAACGACAGUUACUAUGUCGAUUGCUUAAGCUCGAUCGAUUUACAUGUAAAAAGUCGUUGACAACUGAUCGGGGAAUUGGUCUUUUCCGUGAUUUUUCUAAGCGUAAGCGACAAAAAUCGCUGGAAAACCAUAUAUCGCGAACAUUGGGGAUUUUGGUUGCGGGACUCGUAUGCAAUAUGCAACUGUAUUCAAUAAUUUAUAUCGUGUAUGUAUUUAUUGAGCUAGCCACGCUCGGCGUCUGCGUGCUCGUGUAACUUUUUUGUUACUCUUAAAGGGUUUCCUUUUCAAAUAUUUUGUGUCGUAUUGAAUUGUGCGUGCAUGUAUAGAAUUCGACGAAUGCAAAGUAAUCGUUCACGUGGAUUAGAAAAUUACAAGUAUACAGAUGGGAAAUUUACGAACGUACAGAAGUUGAUCGAAAGUACGACCUUGAUUUUAUUAACAUUAGAACUACCAAUCAAGUUCAUUAGGCCUAUGUUGUCGAACUUCUUUUUAAAAUUACUCAGUUAUCGACAAUACUUUUGCA